AAGUAUUAAUUGAGAAAUAUAAUGAGGAGAGGAGCACUACAUCAGCAGGCGCAACAGUACUGGUUAGGGUUAUUUCUCAGUUGCCUUAUUCUUCUGCUGAUCUCCAACAACAACAAUAUCCCCUUCGCCUCCUCCGCUCAACCCGCCGUGCUUCUUGAUCCAUCUGACAAACCAUGGAACAUAGCACACGAGGUGCCACAUGGACCAAACAACCCACAACCUCCGCAUGUGGCACCCAAAACCGGGAAAGAAUCAGCGGCAGCAUCUUCGCCACCAAGCCCUUGAAGUGCUUAAAUUAUUAGCUUAAUCUAUAAUAAUUAAUUUUCACUCUCAUUUUAUGAAUCCGGUUAAUUAUGCUCCGGUGAGAAUAAUUAAGUCUCUUAUGACAAAUAAGAAUAAUGUACUCCGUAUUAAUUAAACGCUAUGCUUUAU